AUUGGGGGCUAUUUUUGAACUAUUAUUAUUAUUAUUAUUAAUAUUCAUAUCAUUAGUUAUAACGUUAUAUAGAAAUUAACGGAUAUCGUUUAUAAUCUUGCAAGGAUUAAUAACGAAAUAUAUGGAUAAUUUAUGUAUGCACAACUCCUUAUGGAAAUCUUAUUGCUAACAUUACCAUAAAUAUUGUUACAAGAACUAUUUUCAAUAAUUAUCUGUGAAGUAAUCUUCUAUGAAGCCUAUGCUGGGUUCUUCUGCUUCAAGCCUCAUGAGUGCAUCGAGUAGUGGAAGCACUGGUAGUGCACAAGCCUCAGCUGGUCAACACACUAUAGCAGCUACACUUACAGCUGUGCAUAAAAUGGAUUCCGAAUUACGUUGCCCAUCUUGCAGGCGAUUUUUCCAAUGUCCUUUAUUGUUACCAUGUGGACAUUCCCUGUGCAAUUUAUGCGCAGCUGGAGCUCUACUCCCCGCUAGCGAACCAAGCAUAGCGGCAUCGAUUGCAGCAGCGCUGCACUUAUCAACAGCUGAGACAUUUAGUCCUGCUAGUGGUCCUCCUCAAUCCUCAUCCUCGUCUUCAUCGACAACAGGAAGUAGUAUAGGUUGUCCCAGUACUUCUAACUCACAAGGAAACACACAAAUUAUGGGUUGUACUUCCAACAUACCUUCAGAUUCUGAUCAAAUGAGUGUCGUUAGCGAGACGGAUUCUGGUGUAAUUGUUAGCAGUCGACCAGGUAGUUAUGUGGGAAGACUACCCGUUAUAAUAUGUUCAUCAACUUCAGGUUUAGGUCCGAGUCAAACCUACAGUAUCUCUUCAUCUUCAAUAAGUCAAGUUUCAAGUGGCUUAAUAUGUCCCAUAUGUAACCACGUCGUUGGUCUUUUUGAUGAUAAGGGACUAAGUCAUCUCCCGAGAAAUCGUGCUCUUGAACGGAUAAUAUCUAAAUUUGUAGGCCCUGAUCAAUCACCUCAUUCACUAAAAUUGAGUGCAGACUUGGAACCAUUUUUAUUAAACAAUAACACAGACCCAAUUAAUAGACCAGGUGGACCACUUUGCCAGUUAUGUGAAGAACCUAAUAUCCCAACGGAAAAUCCAUUAUCUUCAGAAACCAAUAAAACUGAAGUGAAUGAACAAAAUUGUUUAGCAACAUUUUGGUGUGAACAAUGUGAAAUAUUUUAUUGUACACGAUGUCGUGAAAAAUGUCAUCCAGCUCGUGGACCAUUAAAUCGUCAUGCAUUACAUUCAGCAACUGAAGGUGUAAAAAUAAUUAGACAAAAACAACGUAAUCAACCUACACCAUGUAUGUCACACUUAAAUAUAAUACCAAAUCUGUAUUGUGUUAAUUGUCAUAUACCGGUGUGUAAUGAAUGCAUAAGUAAUGAUAAUUCACAAACAUUUGAAACACAUUCAAAACAUGAAAUACUUCCAUUGAUUGGAGUCUGUAAAUCACGGAAAACUGAACUAUCUCAGUCACUUCAAGCACUAUCAGAAAGAGCUCGUUCAGCUACGGAACACAUACAGCGUUUAAGAUCGAAGUCAGAAACCGUUAAUAGAAACCUUGCAGAUUCAGAAAAAGAACUUGUUGAACAACUAAACACAUUGAUUUCUGCUAUUGAAACAAAAAAACAAGAACUAACAGAACGUUUACGAGACGAAAGAACCAAACGUAUUCAUUGUCUCAAGGAACAAAUUAAUCGUGUCACAUCAUUAUUAACCAAAUCAACUGGUCUUAUUCAAUUUUGUAUAGAAAUGCUUAAAGAAAGUGAUCCGUCCGCAUUUCUUUUGGUAUCUCAAUCACUUAUCACACGUACUCAAAAUGCAGAACAAAAUUUUAUACAAGAACUUCAACAUACUUCAUCCACUAAUGAUAUUACUGGAUCUUUAUUAUCACUUGCUUUAUCAUCAAGUAAAGAUUAUUCACAUCAUUCACCUAAGAAAAGAACACUUAAAUCACCUGAAGAGAUUUCUGGUAAAUACAACAAUCCUGCUAGUAAUGUUAGUGGGACAAGUACAUCUAAUCGAUUAAACAAAACAUUGGAUUUAUUAGGUGUGAAUAGUGUUGAUGCAAUACAUCGAGCAAUUGUAAAUUUAGGUUUAGAAGAAGAUCAAAAUACAAAAAGAACUGAAUAUUUUCAACUUAUCAAUCAAAAAAUUAACGAUGCUCCAGCUCCACCAGCGUUUCUUAUAGAAGAAUGCAUUUCAGAGCGUAAUGUUAUUACUCUUGUGUGGCAACCCACAUCGUCUAUUCCUAUUGAUCGUUACACACUUGAAUUGGAUGAUGGAGCAGGUGGAACCUUCAGGAAAGUUUAUCGAGGUGUUGAAACAAUGUGCACUGUCGAAGGUUUACACUUUCGUUCCGUCUAUCGUGCUCGCGUUAAAGCACACAACCAAGCUGGUGAAAGUCAAUACAGUGAACGAAUUUGUCUACAGACAUCAGAUUUUACUUGGUUUCAUUUGGAUAUUCAUACUUCUGUACCAGAAAUUUUACUUACAAAUGGAAAUAGAACUGUUACUAGUCAAUUAUCUGAAGAUAGAGUAAUUCUUGGUUCAACUGGUUUAUCAAGAGGUGUACAUUAUUGGGAAUUCACUGUAGAUCGUUGUGAUCCUGGUGGACAACCUGCAUUUGGUAUAGCUAGAUAUGAUUGUAAUAAAGAAAUAAUGCUUGGUCUUGAUAUGAAAAGUUGGUCGAUUUAUUUUGAUUAUAAACGAAGUUGGUUUUUACAUAAUGGAGAACAUUUUGAACGAACUGAUGGUGGAAUACAUGCUGGUAGUGUAGUUGGUAUUCGACUGGAUUGUAAUAGAGGCAGUUUAUCUUAUUAUUUAAAUGAUCAACCACAUGGUCCAAUUGCAUUCACUAAUUUACCAAAUGGGAUUUAUUAUCCAGCUAAGCUCCUAGUGAGAGUGAAGAAAGUGAUGAAGAUAGUUCUGGUGGUGGAACAGGAACUGAAACCACUUCUAUGGCAACCACUGUUUUAACCCUACCAUCUACAUUGCAAAGCAAAGGAUUAAGGCAAUGAAUUUAUUGACAUGAAUUAUUAACUAUAUAAUCUGCCUGUAAGUUUAUUUGUUUUUCCAAAUGUUUACUUGUAAACAAUUCAUAUGUAGCUCGAAAAAGUUUCAAUCAAGUGAAAUAUCAACUUUCAGGCUAUAAAUUCGAUAAACAAACUAACUAAUUCAAGUAAGAUGAAAUCUUCUAACGUUUCUUCAAUUACACACACCUUUUAAUAUACAUCUUACUAAUACAUAAUGACUUGAUAUAAGUAUCUAUGAAAACAUUGAAAUCAUAAUGUUUAUUUCACUUUUUUUUCUUUUUGAAUGUCUUCAAUAAUUUGAAUUUCAUAAAUCACUUGAUUAUUAUAUAGUUUCUUUGUAUAAAUAAACUAAUAUAAUAAUUUUAUGCUUUAUUUAUUUAAAAUGUUUGUGUUAUUUGGUGAAUACAAAAAAUCUUACAGAAAAUCUGUUAAUGAAUCUACAAAACAUAACAAUAAUAAUAAUAUUUUUUGUUUAUCUAAAUUGAAUAUUGAAUUGUGAACAUUUAGUCAUUUAUAAACUUAUUUUAAAGAAAAAAUAACAGAAUAAAAAUAAAUAAGACUUGGUCAUAAAUAAAUAAAACUACACCAUAUAUAUCGUACAUAGAAAUGAUGUACAAAUGAUAACAGUUAACUUUUUGUUUAUAUUUUAUUAAAUCUUAAGCAUAAACAUAAAAGAAUUUAAAAUAUAGAUUAUACUAAACAUUUUAAAUACAUCAGUAAUAUAAUCAUAUUCAUAAAAAAAUGUUUUGUUCCUCUCAUUGGUUUCGUUUGUUUUUCUUUAUUGAUCCAAAUGUUCUUCCUAAGUUGUUUGUUUGUUUAUUUAUAUUUUUGGUCUUAUUUUUUAUGUGUACAUUUCAAUUUGUAUUGAUUAAAAAGUUCAGUAAUGUAAGGGAUAAAAUCAUUUAAUUUUGUUUAAAUAUGAACUUUUUAAUUUUAUUCACAUGUUACAUCAUAAAAUUGUUGAUAACUUAUCAACUAUUUGUUUUGUUUAGCUUUCUUUUUGGUUUUUUUCUUUUCUAUGUAUGUUUUCUUGGAAAACAGACAAACGAUUUAAUUAUGUUUUGAGAUAAUAAUUUUUUUAAACAAAAAAAAGUAAACUCUUUUCUUUCCCAGAAGUAAAUCUGUUGUGAAAUUGUGUAAUAUGAUCGUUUUGUUCUUUUUUUUUGUUUUCGUUUUGUUUUCUUCUUUUGAUUAUGUCAAUGUAAUUUGUGUGUGAAUUAUUCUUUUGAACUCCUAUUCACAAUAUGAUCAAUUCAUGUAACCAUGACUGUUUCUUUCUUUUCUUUUUUUCUUUUUUUUUAAUUAGUAAUAUAUGUACACAAAUAUUUGUUGUUGUAUUGUUAUCUAGAAAUUAAAUGAUUUGUUUAGAGGAGAGAAUCAAAAUAUAGAAACCUGAUCACUCAUUUGAGAAAAGAAUAUCAUUGAUUCAUUUAUAUCUGGUUUAAAAUAGAUUAAUUUAUCAAAUCAUAAUGAGUAUUCAUUUUUUUAUUGAUUGUUUUAAAUCUUCUUAUUGAUGUUGUGAAUUGUAAU